AUGGCAACGCGGGAUCGAACGGGCCUAUUUAUUUCUUAUAGACAAUCAUUUGCACAUCAUCCUGUGCAUUUAAAGGAUGAAGAACAAGGGCUUUUAGAUAUGGUUAUUGAUAUAGAUUGUUUACCUCCAGACUGGUCAGAAACAAUAAAAGAAAUAGACGGAAUAAUGGAGGAGAUCAGGUCAAAAGGAGAAAUACUUGAGCGUUUAUACCGGAAGAAUAUGUUGCCGGGAUUUGAUGAUCGACGAAGAGAUGAAGGGGAAAUGGAGCAAAUAUGUAAUCAUACAACGCAGCGUCUGAGAAGAUGUCAAGAUUUAAUUAAAACGGUGGUUCCUAGACCAGGAUCAACACAAACAGAGACUAUUAUUACGAAAAAUGUUCAAAUAGUAUUAGCAAAUAAAGUUCAAAUGGAAAAUAUGGCAUUUAGGAAGAAACAAUCCGCUUAUCUCCAACAAUUACGUGAGACAUAUCAAAAAACAUUUCUUCCAAUUGAACAUACAGAAAGUUCAGAGGAAAUGUUUCAAUCGUCGUUAAUGGUUUCAAAUGAAGCGGAAAUUACUUUUCGGGAACGAGAAAUUGCAAAUAUUACUAAAGGAAUUGUUGAAUUGUCUGAUAUAUUUAAAGAAAUUCAGUCAUUGGUAACAGAUCAAGGAAGUAUCAUUGAUCACAUCAAUAUUUGCGCUGAAAACACUUCUACGCAUAUGAAAGAUGCAAAAAAAGAACUCGAUUAUGUAAUUGUUUCUUAA